AUCGUGUGUGUGCGCGUGCCACGGCUGUAAAGAUGGCGGCCUGUGCGUUACGUCGAGGCUUGCUGAGCACUGUCAGUAAAUACAACAAGAAGCACACACACAGAAUACUGAGUGUGGUCGACAGCAGCAGCGGGUUUGACGGGUUCAGACCGCGGGUUCAAUGCCGGGCAUGCGGCCUGUCCGGCGGGGUCCAGCAGAGGAGGUUCAUGUCGUCACGGAACAGGCCCGAAGGGAAGAUUUUGGAGACAGUGGGAGUGUUUGAGGCGGUGAAGCAGCAUGGCAAAUAUGAAACGGGACAGCUGUUCCUCCACAGUGUGUUUGGCUACAGAGGCAUCGUCUUGUUUCCCUGGCACGCCCGACUCUAUGACAGAGACAUCACCCCUCCCAUGUCUGACAGCAAACCUGAACCUCCAGGAGCUCACGGCUCGAAGGAGGUGAAGGGGAAGACUCACACCUACUACCAGGUCCUGAUCGACACCAGGGACUGCCCUCACAUAUCUCAGAGGUCUCAGACAGAGGCAGUGACGUUUCUGGCCAACCAUGAUGACAGCAGAGCUCUGUACGCUAUCCCAGGUCUGGAUUAUGUGAGCCAUGAGGACAUCCUGCCCUAUAACUCCACAGAGCAGAUCCCUAUCCAGCACGAGCUGUUUGAGCGUUUCCUCAUGUACAACCCUGCCAAAUCUCCUCCGUUCACAGCCAGAGACACCCUGAAGGCGUGGCAGGAGAAGAACCACCCCUGGCUGGAGCUCUCAGACGUGCACAGGGAGACCACAGAGAACAUCCGAGUCACCGUCAUCCCCUUCUACAUGGGCAUGAGGGAGGCCCAGAACUCCCAUGUUUACUGGUGGCGGUACUGUAUCCGCCUGGAGAACAUGGGCAGCGAGGUGGUGCAGCUGAGAGAGAGGCACUGGAGGAUCUUCAGCCUGUCAGGAACCCUGGAGACGGUCCGUGGACGAGGAGUCGUAGGCAGGGAGCCGGUGUUGUCUAAAGAACAGCCUGCCUUUCAGUACAGCAGCCAUGUGUCUCUACAAGCCCCCAGUGGACACAUGUGGGGGACGUUUCGUAUCGAAAGGACCGACGGAUCCCACUUUGACGUUCGCAUUCCCCCUUUCUCCCUGGAGAGCAACAAAGACGACAAAGCCCCCCCUGCUGGCUACACGUUCUAACUGCGAGUCGUCACCUCCAACCUUUGAGGCCCUGGACACGCCGUCAGUCCUGGUCCUGUCUGGGAUGUUUAGAAUUGUCCUCCCCCGUAACAUCGCCUCAGUCUUCAGCAUAAGACUAACGCAAGUCAGGUUAUGCAAAGGGAAAGUAUUGCAUCUGUGAGAGUGCACCCCACAGCAACAUGUCACUGAUUAGAUCAUAUAGGAUAGACGAACUGAUGGCUGUCCUGUGCGUCUUCACUCCACGUCGUGUAGUAAGAGACGUGCACGGUCAGGUGGAAGAGCACUGGGAGUUUUGGAAGGGGAGUCAGUGUUACCAAGCUGAGCUGGACAUGUUGUGAAUCCAGUAGCUGAAAUAUUGAGCAGGUUGUUUUUGAGUGUUUCCUGCUGAGCUCUGGGUUCAUGAAGAGAGCAACAGCUCCAGCUGAGCUUCACACUAACGCUUCAGUCGUGAUAGUCAAAAAGUAAGCCAUCACUCAAACUACAUGUUACAGUCUCCUCCCUGAUAUCCAUGUUUGAAGUUAUGACAACAGGACGUAUGACUUUGAUCCCGGACCCUGUUUUCCUGUCAUGUUCUUUUUAAUUAUAAUACAACACAGUUUAGUUAUGUCAGACCUCCGUGGGCCACUGAAGAGAAGGAAACAGAUUGAGUUGUGAGCUGGUCGUAGUGCUGACGUUACAGUGUUGUACAACAUUGAUGCACAGUGGAUGGAGUCAGGAGUUUUUGACACUGAUCAACAGAACAAAAGACUCUUUAAUGUCAAAACUAAAUCACAUCUCUACAAAUUAAUUUCAGCAAAUUUCUGUUCACCUGUGUGUCAUUAAGCAGAUGCACCUUUGGUAGCAAUUUUAGCCUUCUGCCGUCUGUGCGGAGUUGUCUAUCAGCUCUGAACAUCUCAGUAUACAGCAGGGAUACUGAACUUGCUUUGCCUGGGGACCACUUUGGCAAAAUGACAGGAGCCCAGGGGCCAGUUGCAACAGCUCUGCGGUGUACUCAGGAGUGUUUCCAGGAUUUGAGGACAUUCAGGGCUCAGCCUGUACGUCUAUCAGGGGUCCAGGGGAUCUUCUCCCGGCACCUUUUUUCGAUAAACAAGCUCUAUUCUGUAUCAGGAUGCAUUGAUUGUGAAAUUCUGUUAAAAAUAACAAUUUGGCCGAUAGCGGAUACUUAUACUAAUGCUUUUUUGUUUUUGUUGUUAUUUAUUUCCCCUUUUUAAGGAAACAAAAAAAACACUUAAUUACAAUCUUCAUUUAAAGUCAUUCAGUCCUUUGACAGAGCACAAAUUCAAUCAAACACAUUCAUCAAACUACCUCUAAAAUGACCUCCUUUCACAUAACUCAUUUUUUUAAUUAACUACUUCAGAGGCCUUUUUAGUGUAUAUGAUAUAUGACAAUUCUCUCUCUAAUAUCUAUUUUAUAUUGCUGUGAAAACAUCAACAAAUUUCACCUUCAAACAACUUUAUUUUUUCAAGUUUCUCGACAAAAAAUACAUUUUACAAGAAUACACUGAACACAUCAUGGGAACAUUAUAACUUACCUUCGCUCAGUACUCAUUUUUACUGACUAGGGUUUGAACGCAUCACACUGUAACUCAAUCCAACCGCUGUUCACAAUCAUUGAUACAACAGGCUGCGUCCUUUCUUCCUGAAGGCGUCUCGGUGACGAUCUCUGUUCUUCCUAAACAUGUUUUCUAUCAUCCCCGGGAUGACAGGACGCUGUUAGUCUGGAGCCCUGCUUUAUAGCGUGCGCAAAAUCUAUGUGAGGUCAUCUUAUUUGCCCAUAGGUCAAUGGCAGUCAACAAGGUGAAUAUCAGCUGAUAUUCGGUGGCCAUUAAAUCAGUGCAUCCCUAAAUUUGAUGCUUUUUUAUUCACUCUGGCACCUUAUUGACAUCAGAAGAACAAAAAACUGUCCCAGUGUGAAUCCAUUUAUUGUCACAGAGAAUUAGAAAAUGGUGGCGGUGCCAGAUUUGGCCCGCAGGCUCUAAGUUGAGUUUUACUUGCAUACAGUCUCAGGUCUCUUGGCACAUGGACACGCAGUUUUUAAGAGCAUCGUGCCCUCUUGACACUUACAGCUGCGCCAUAUUCUUUAAAUUCUCGUAUGACUGAUUCGACUGUACUGAGUUACAUUCAGAAUCUCCAAAAUGCUCCUGUUUCCCCUGAGUGGAAAUUUUUGAUGAACGUGUUACAGAUUUGUGUGAAGAGCUAUUUGCCAAGAAACCAGCCGUGGAAUCCUCCAGAUACAGAUGUGUUAAACCCUAAAAUCACUCGUCUCUUCUCGACUUCACACUGAUCUCUACAGUCAGCUGCCCCACUUAUAUUUAGGUGUGAAUACCUACACCAUCAGUUAUGAAGAGAUGUGGUUCAUCUUUGACAUUAAAGUCCAAUUCUAUUGAUCAGUGCUUCAGAAACUUAAUUCCAUCUCUGUGAUUCAGUGUCGUGAAAGAUCAGACUAAAGACGUCAGUGGGCGGGGUGAAUGCUUUCAUCAGCAGUGAACUGUACAUGUUGACGGCCAAAAAAAGAAUCCCGUCUUAGCUGGGAAGGAGGUGAGAGUCAGGUCUUAGUCGUCACACCAUAAAGUAACAGGAGAUAAGUGUGAGUGUGAGAGUGUGUGUGUGUGAUUUCUUCUCUGCUCUCUGUAGAAACCAGAAUGAAGUCUUUAUCCCGUACACACACACGCUGGUUCGUUAAGGCUGACUGUUUGACUCUGUGACGCGACGAGGCGAGAACUUCUCUCUGUUAAAGUGAGGAAAGAAACUAAAAUCUGUUUUGAUAAGUGAUCUGAAGCAACGACGAUGGUUGAAAUACUACUGUAAAUAGAGAUGUAAUUAAAGGCAAAACAAAUAAAUAAUACCUUUUGAAAAGUA